CAUUUUCCUGCAGUUUGACCGGUAGUCUUGGAUCCAUGUCUUGCGCCUGUUGCUGAACGCCUUGCCCAGCCCUGUAGGAGGGAUUACUGAAGAAAUCACGGCCACAUCUGAACAUCAUGAAGGCAUUCUGUACAUCUCUUCUCUCAUUCUUGUUGAUGAUGCUAGCUCCAUCGUUGAGUCUUAAAUAUGAGUUUGUUGUGAAGUCCGACAGUAAAGUGGCCGACUUGAAGAAUUUCUGGGCAAGCACAGGUUUCUGCCCGCCCCUUCCACACCAGAAAGCGUCCUCAUACUUCCUGAAUGAAUCCGAGCAUCAGAAUUUGAUCUUCAUUGGAUCUGUGCCCAACCAAGGAAUUCAGCAAGUGCGGGUACAUUGGCUGCUAGACCUUGUCAAACUCAGCAGUGAGAACAAAUCUGGAGCUGUCACAUUCAACUUUGACCUCUUGGACCAGAUGAUUGACAGAAUCUGGAGAAAUGGACUCCGCCCAGGAUUUGAAAUAAUGGGGAACCCGUCUGAUUGGUUCACUGACUUUGAGGAAGUGAAACAGGUGUAUGCAUGGAGAGAUAUGAUUACUGCAUUGGCUAAAAGAUACAUAGUGAAAUAUGGUUUGGAUUAUGUAUCUGAGUGGAACUUUGAAACAUGGAACGAGCCGGACCACAAGGACUUUGAUAAUCUAAACAUCACUCUUCAAGGAUUUCUCAACUACUACGAUGCGUGUUCAGAAGGUCUUAAGGCAGCUAGUCCCAAGCUUCGGUUCGGUGGUCCUGGGGCUGCCUGUAGAUCCAGGAAGUUUUCCUUGGUAUGCUGGGCGCUGCUGCAACAUUGUGAGAAUGGAACCAACUUCUUCACCGGGGAAACUGGUGUUCGCAUUGAUUUUAUUUCAUUUCAUCACAAGGGUGAAGGUCAUUCGAUGUUUAUUUUGGAGCAGGAAAUUGAAACCAUAAAGAACAUUCAGAACCUGUACCCAAAACUGUCCAACGUUCCGGUGUUCAAUGACGAGGCAGAUCCUUUAGUAGGAUGGAGUCGUCCAGAGGAGUGGAGAGCUGAUGCUACUUACGCAGCUGUGGUUGUCAAGAUUAUUGCCCAGCAUCAAAAUCUUCUCAUCAGCCAGCAUCCAAAUGUGAACUACGCGUUGUUAAGCAACGACAAUGGCUUCCUUAAUUUUAACCCCAACUUCUUCACUCAGCGGACUCUGGUUGCUCGGUUUCAGAUGAAUCUAACUCACCCACCGAGCAUUCAGACAAUCAAGAAACCUGUACUCAGUGUGAUGGGUUUGUUGGCGCUGCUUGGAGACACUCAAGUUGAUGUUUUAUCAGCAGGAGAGGUCAGCGGUAACAACAGUGACGUGGGUAUUUUAGCGUCAACACACACACCAGUAAAUACUUCAGGGGACAGCUGGCAGAUGAGCAUGAUCGUAUACAACAGCAACGACACGAGUAAUGAGACUGGAAGUGAUCAUGUGACCAUCAACGUUCAAGGUGUUCCUAACAGUCGGCAAAAUCAAGACAUGUUGUACGUUGUGUAUCUUUUGAACAACACUCUGGGUAAUCCAUAUCAUUUGUGGAAAGACUACAACAAACCAGUUUUUCCGACCAGAAAACAAUUUGUAGAAAUGAGGAAAAAUCAGGAGCCUGUCCGAAUCACAGGGCCGACUAGUUUCACUGGUCCUGGGAUGACGUUUGACUUUAACUUGAGCAAACCUGGGGUGAUGCUUAUUCAUGCUUGUGCUAAACCUGUAGCAGCUCUAGAAAAGGUAAACAAUCUGUACCUUCACAAUGUCACAGAGUAUGACGUUCUUGUGAGAUGGGAAGACGUCUCAUCACAUUGUCUCUUGACAUACGAGGUGGAAUACUCCACUCAGCAAAGAGGGCAGUAUUUACGAGUGAAUGACGUUGAUUUGAUAUUCACUACCUUUCUCUUCUCAGCUGAUGCAGUCAGUCAUGGUGCUCUAGCGAGCAUUAGCACCAAAGGAUGGUAUCGUGUAAGAGCUGUAGACUAUUGGAAUCGUCCUGGCGAUUAUUCUACACCCGUGCAGUUGAAGUAGUCCCUGUAUGAGGCUGUAUCAGAAUUGGCGUCAACAGCUAUGGCUACGGCUGUUGCUAAGGGUGUUGCUAAGGACGUCCUAUACCUCAACACAUGAUGACAUGGAAAUCUAGCCGUAGCCGUAGCUGUAGCCGCCAAUUCAGAAUUAACUUCAACAUAUUUCUGACAAUCUUUUUCAUAAAGCUGUUUCAAUCACUUACCUUUUUUAGAUACUGUCUUUCACUUCAAGAAAUAGUCAGGAAAUUUGGGUUCUGUCCAUUUCUCAAAGUCAUGUGACCUUUUUUAUCAACAAAUUGUGCUUAAGAAAUAAUAUAAUGUAUGUAUUUUUAUGUUUUAUACCUCUUUAAACUUUUAUAUUUAAAUAUUUACUGUAAAAUAAAACAGUACUUAUUUGAUGUACACAUUUUGAAUACAUUUUUUUAUACACCAUAUUGUUUAACAACCCAUUAUUAAAGGAACGUUACAGAAUUGGUAAGUAACAAAAAUCGUGAAGAUCACAGGUUUACAUAAAACUUACA